CCUGGGAUUGUAAGAAUGAAGGGGCUAGCCAGGAGCUACGUCUGGUGGCCCAGCAUGGAUGCAGACAUUACCGAGUGGGUGGGGAGAUGCCAGCCCUGCCAAGAGUCCAGAUCAGACCCGCCAACAGCACCCGUGAGAGAGUGGGAAAGGCCCCAGGGACCCUGGUCCAGAAUACAUAUUGACUUUGCAGGCCCGUUCCAUGGGCAGACCUUCAUGGUCGUCGUAGACGCAUUCUCCAAAUGGUUGGAGAUCAAGCUAAUGAAGGCCACUACCACCGACGCAACCAUCAGAGAGCUAAGACAGUUAUUCGCCACACAUGGGUUACCGGACAUCCUAGUGUCAGAUAACGGGCCACAGUUCACCGCAACACAGUUCGAGGGUUACUUAGCGGGACUUGGGAUCAGACAUGUCCUUUCUGCCCCGUUUCACCCGGCUAGUAACGGACAGGCUGAGAGGUUUGUUAGGUCAGCAAAGGAGGCCCUUUCACGCUUAAGCCCCGGGGACUGGCAGGAAAGGGUAGACAAGUUCUUAAUAGCUCAGCACUCCACACCCUGUACGGCCACGGGCCGAAGUCCGGCCGAACUAUUAAUGGGGCGGAAACUCCGGGGAAUACUAAAUAGACUCAACCCCAAUUACUCCCCAGAGGUCUUCAAGGGGGGGGGAGAGGAAACUUAG